AUGGCUCGGAAACAUUUUCACAUGGAAACAGUGAAAUCAAUUGUGGAUUCGCUACUCCCAGGCACCUUUAUGACGGCGGUGGACCUGACAGAGGCCUACUUACAUGUGCCCAUACACAGUUCUCACAGACGCUUCCUGCGAUUCACCUUCAGACAGGCCCAUUUCCAGUUCAGAGCCCUUCCCUUUGGAUUGGGUCCCACCUUGAGGUUUUUUUCCAAAAUCCUAAUAACCCUCAUCGCCAUGCUCAGACAGGAAGGCAUCCAGGUCCACCCUUACCUGGACAACAUCCUGAUCUGUGCACGGUCGGAAGUUCAGUCCAGGAAGCACACAGCCAGAGUAAUCCAAGUACUUCAGGAACACGGUUUUCUUGUAAUUUUUUCCAAGAGUUCUCUGUCCCCAUCGCAAUCAAUGACCCAUUUGGGUGUGCACAUAGACUCAGUCCAGAACGCUAUCUCACUGUCCAAGGAACGCAUUCAAAAAUUAAAAACGGCUUCUUCCACCACCAAGUCCAAGAAGACCAAACUCAUGUUCCUAGCACAUCUUCUUGGUCUGAUGAUUUCAGGGAUAGGGACCAUCCCUUGGGCACGCUUCCAUUCCAGGGCCUUGCAGUGGCAGAUUCACCCCUUUCAAAGGGACAUCGCCAAGAAAAGAGACAGAACAAUCUCUCUGUCUGUGGAAACACGGAGAAGCCUUCGCUGGUGGUCAGAUCAAAGGAACCUGAGCAGGCACACUCCUUACAUACACGAGAAGCCCACUCAGGUGAUCACAAACACCAGUCUUCAGGGAGGGCUGCAUGUAUUAGUAAGAACAGACAAUAUUGCAACAAAGGCCUACGUGAACAAACGGGGGGGGGGGUCCCGGUCUUCAUCUCUUCAUCGGGAGGCAGUGCAGAUUUUUACGUGGGUACAAACCAAUCUUCAGUCUAUUCGAGCCGAGCACAUCAAGGGAACCCUAAAUGUACUGGCAGACAACCUAAGCAGGCAGUUCGCGGAUGAAGGAGAAUGGUCCUUGGACCAUGCUGCCUUCUUGCAGGUUACAACCACCUUCGGAAUGCCCUUGGUAGACUUGUUCGCCACCGCAGAAAACUGCAAAGUAAACAGAUUUUUCUCCCGAUAUUACCAUCCAGAAGCAGAGGGCAUAGACGCCUUGUUGGCCUCGAAUCUCAAGCUUUCCACUUCCACCUUGAGGAGACAGAUAGCGGCUCUGGACACCGUUAUUCCAGAGUUGGACGGGGUUCCCACUGCCAGGCAUCAGCACAUACUUGCCUUCCUCAAAGGGGUCAGUCAAACACAGCCACCAGUCUCACAUAGAUUCCCAUCGUGGAGCCUUAAUUUAGUGCUCAACGCCCUGACAAAGGCCCCUUUCGAGCCGCUUCGCGCGGUGCACCUGAAAUACCUUCGCAUGAAGGUUCUAUUUUUGGUGGCAAUUAUGCCCGCUAGACAGGGCACAGGAAAUAAACUUACUUGGCCUUCAAACCCCAAAGAACGAGCAUGGCAUACACUGGACGUCCGUAGGGCUCUACGCGUACAUAGCAGCGCUGAAUGUUCCUGUGGACGCAACCACUUUACCUGUGCAGUUAGCGCCUUUGGUGAUUGCACGUGUAUCCCGGCUCAGUGGCAGUGUGACGGCGACAAUGACUGUGGGGACCACAGUGAUGAAGAUGGUUGCAUGUUGCCCACUUGCUCCCCAUUGGAUUUCCACUGUGACAAUGGCAAGUGUAUCCGUCGUUCAUGGGUCUGUGAUGGAGACAAUGACUGUGAGGAUGAUUCUGAUGAGCAAGACUGCCCACCACGGGAGUGUGAGGAGGACGAAUUCUCAUGUCAGAAUGGAUACUGCAUACGUAGCCUGUGGCACUGUGAUGGUGACAAUGACUGUGGGGACAACAGUGAUGAGCAGUGUGAUAUGCGAAAGUGUUCAGACAAAGAGUUCCGCUGCAGCGAUGGCAGCUGUAUAGCUGAGCACUGGUUCUGUGAUGGCGAUACAGAUUGCAAGGAUGGCUCAGAUGAAGAGAACUGCCCAUCAGAUAUUCCAGCACCUACAUGUAGCCUGGAGGAGUUCCAAUGUGCGUACGGCCGCUGUAUCCUGGACAUAUACCACUGCGAUGGAGACGAUGACUGUGGGGACUGGUCCGACGAAUCUGACUGCUCCUCUCACCAGCCAUGCCGUUCCGGGGAGUUCAUGUGCAACAGUGGUUUAUGCAUCAAUGCUGGGUGGAGAUGUGAUGGUGACUUUGACUGUGACGACCAGUCGGAUGAAAAAAACUGCACUACAUCUAUGUGCACAGCCGACCAGUUCCGCUGUAAAUCUGGCCGAUGUGUCCGCCUGUCCUGGCGCUGUGAUGGGGACGAUGAUUGCUCUGACAACAGUGAUGAGGAAAACUGUGAGAAUACAGGAAGUCCACAAUGUGCCCCUGAUCAAUUUCUCUGUGGGAACGGACGCUGCAUCGGCCAAAGAAAGCUGUGCAAUGGUGCAAAUGACUGCGGAGAUGGCAGUGAUGAGAGCCCAGAUCAAAACUGCCGUCCUCGAACUGGAGAGGAAAACUGCAACUUCAGCAACGGCGGCUGUGCCCAUAAGUGCCAGAUGUCUCGAGGGACAGUGCAGUGUACUUGCCACACUGGCUACAGGCUCCUGGAGGAUGGCAGAUCAUGUCAAGAUGUAAAUGAAUGUGCAGAGGAAGGUUAUUGCAGCCAAGGAUGCACCAACAGCGAAGGUGGUUUCCAGUGUUGGUGUGAGCAAGGCUAUGAACUUCGCCCAGACAAGCGCAGCUGCAAAGCCCUGGGGCCAGAGCCUGUGCUGCUUUUCGCCAAUCGUAUUGAUAUCCGGCAGGUCUUGCCCCACCGCUCGGAGUACACCUUACUCCUGAACAACCUCGAGAAUGCCAUUGCGCUUGAUUUCCACCACAGCAAGGAGCUGGUGUUCUGGUCUGAUGUCACACUGGACCGCAUCAUGAGGGCUAACCUGAACGGCAGCAAUGUGGAAGAGGUGGUGUCCACGGGGCUGGAGAGUCCAGGUGGACUGGCCAUUGAUUGGAUCCAUGACAAAUUGUACUGGACAGACUCUGGGACGUCUCGUAUCGAAGUGGCAAACUUAGAUGGAACCCACAGGAAGGUGCUUCUCUGGCAAAACCUAGAAAAGCCUCGAGCAAUUGCUCUUCACCCCAUGGAAGGCACCAUCUACUGGACCGACUGGGGAAAUACUCCUCGCAUAGAAUACUCUAAUAUGGAUGGCUCCAAUCGGCGUAUCAUCGCAGACACUCACCUUUUCUGGCCAAAUGGGCUAACCAUUGACUAUGCAGGGCGCCGGAUGUACUGGGUAGAUGCCAAACAUCACGUCAUUGAAAGGGCUGACUUGGAUGGACAGAAUAGGAAAGCUGUAAUUAGUCAAGGCCUUCCACAUCCUUUUGCUAUCACGGUGUUCGAAGACAGCCUGUAUUGGACUGACUGGCAUACCAAGAGCAUAAACAGUGCCAACAAAUUUACUGGCAAGAAUCAGGAGAUCAUUCGCAACAAGCUUCACUUCCCCAUGGAUAUCCAUACAUUGCACCCUCAACGUCAGCCAGCAGGGAGAAAUCGCUGUGGAGCUAACAAUGGGGGCUGCACCCACCUGUGCCUGCCAAACAACAAAAACUACACCUGUGCCUGUCCCACAGGCUUUCGGAAGACCAGCAGCCAUGCUUGUGCCCACAGUCUUGACAAGUUCCUGCUUUUUGCCCGAAGGAUGGACAUCCGUCGUAUCAGCUUCGACACAGAAGACCUGUCUGAUGAUGUUAUCCCCUUGGCUGAGGUGCGCAGCGCUGUGGCUCUGGACUGGGAUGCAAAGGAUGACUAUGUCUACUGGACAGAUGUCGGCACUGAUUCCAUUAGUCGGGCAAAAUGGGAUGGAACAGGACAGGAGGUUGUGGUGGACACAAGCCUGGAAAGUCCAGCUGGUUUGGCUAUUGACUGGGUCACCAACAAGUUGUAUUGGACUGAUGCAGGGACAGACCGGAUAGAGGUGUCCAACACAGACGGGACUAUGCGGACUGUGCUGAUAUGGGAGAACCUAGACAGACCUAGAGACAUUGUGGUAGACCCUGUUGGAGGAUUCAUGUACUGGACUGACUGGGGGGCUAGCCCGAAGAUUGAGCGUGCAGGAAUGGACGCUUCUGGUCGCUUGGUGAUCAUCUCUUCUAACUUGACCUGGCCCAAUGGACUAGCCAUUGACUAUGAAUCUCAGCGUCUUUACUGGGCAGAUGCUGGUAUGAAGACUAUUGAGUAUGCUGGACUGGAUGGCUCUCACAGGAGGGUAUUGAUUGGAAGCAAUCUCCCUCACCCCUUUGGACUUACUGUUUAUGGAGGGCGGAUCUACUGGACCGAUUGGCAGGUGAAGAGCAUUCAGAGCGCUGACAAAAGGACAGGACAGGAUCGUGAAACUCUGCAAGAUAACCUGGAGAACCUCAUGGAUAUCCACGUCUUUCAUCGGCACAGGCCUCCAGUACACACACCAUGCAAAGUUGAUAAUGGUGGAUGCAGUCAUCUUUGCCUCCUGGCCCCUCUCCCUAAAGGUUACACCUGUACUUGUCCCACCGGCAUCAAUCUGCAGCCAGAUGGCAAGACUUGCUCACCAGGGAUGACCAGCUUCUUGAUUUUUGCCAGAAGGUCAGACAUUCGCCUGGUUUCACUUGACAUCCCAUAUUUUGCUGAUGUAGUUGUCUCAGUCAAUGUUACUAUGAAAAACGCCAUUGCUGUUGGGGUGGAUCCUCUGGAAGGGAAGGUUUACUGGUCAGACAGUACACUGCGGAAAAUCUGCAGGGCUGCCCUGGAUGGCUCCCAGUAUGAAGAUAUCAUUACUACAGGGCUACAGACCACGGAUGGAUUAGCAGUGGAUGCCAUUGGUCGCAAAGUGUACUGGACGGACACUGGAACCAAUAGAAUUGAAGUGGGUAACCUGGAUGGAACAAUGAGAAAAGUUUUGGUGUGGGAGAACUUGGACAGCCCAAGAGCAAUUGCUCUGUAUCAUGAGAUGGGGUUUAUGUAUUGGACAGACUGGGGUGAGAAUGCCAAACUGGAGCGAGCUUGGAUGGAUGGCUCUAACCGCAGGGUGCUUAUCAACAACAACCUGGGCUGGCCAAAUGGCCUAGCAGUGGAUAAGACUGGAUCACAGCUGCUCUGGGCUGAUGCGCACACUGAGCGUAUCGAGGCUGCUGACCUGAACGGUGCAAACCGCCGCACCCUGCUCUCACCAGUGCAGCACCCUUACGGCCUCACUCUACUGGACUCCUACAUCUACUGGACGGAUUGGCAGACUCGUAGCAUUCACAGAGCUGACAAGGGUACUGGAGCCAAUGUCAUCCUUGUCAGGGCAAACCUGCCUGGCCUGAUGGAUAUCCAGGCUAUUGACCGGGGGCAUUCUCUUGGUGCUAACAAGUGUGGCAUGAGGAAUGGAGGCUGCUCACAUCUCUGUUUACCAAAUCCUGAAGGCUUCUCCUGUGCCUGUCCUACCGGUAUCCAGCUGAAGAGUGAUGAGCAAACUUGUGACCCGUCUCCUGAAACAUACCUGCUUUUUUCCAGUCGUGGCUCCAUCCGACGUAUCUCGCUAGACACUAGUGAUCAUACUGAUGUUCACGUUCCUGUUCCAGAGCUCAAUAAUGUCAUCUCUCUGGACUAUGACAGCGUGGAUGGCAAGAUUUACUACACAGAUGUUUUCUUGGAUGUCAUCAGGCGAGCAAACUUGAAUGGCAGCCAUAUGGAAACAGUUAUUGGCCAGGGACUAAAGACAACAGAUGGUCUGGCAGUGGACUGGGUGGCUAGAAAUCUGUACUGGACGGACACAGGUCGCAACACAAUUGAAGUUGCAAGACUAGAUGGCAUCUCCAGAAAAGUGCUAAUUAACAACAGUUUGGAUGAGCCUCGAGCAAUUGCUGUCUUUCCCAGAAAGGGAUACCUCUUCUGGACUGACUGGGGGCACAUUGCUAAAAUUGAACGUGCAAACUUGGAUGGUUCUGAUCGCAAGAUAUUGAUCAACACUGAUUUAGGCUGGCCCAAUGGCCUGACCUUAGAUUACGACACCAGAAGGAUUUAUUGGGUAGACGCUCACCUAGACCGCAUAGAGAGUGCUGAUCUCCAUGGAAAGCUGCGUCAAGUGUUACUCAGCCAAGUGGCUCAUCCCUUUGCCUUGACACAGCAGGACAGAUGGCUUUAUUGGACUGACUGGCAAACCAAAUCUAUCCAGCGAGUGGACAAAUACUCUGGUCGGAACAAAGAGACAGUGUUGGCCAAUGUUGAGGGGCUUAUGGACAUCAUUGUGGUCUCUCCACAGAGGCAGACAGGUACAAAUGCAUGUGGAGUGAACAACGGAGGUUGUACCCACCUCUGCUUUGCCAGGGCUUCUGACUUUGUUUGUGCAUGUCCAGAUGAACCAGAUGGACGACCCUGCUCUGUUGUUCCUGACAUGGUGCUGCCGUUUCCUGAGACCACUGGUGCAACUAAGAAGAGUCAGACUCUGGCUAGUAGACCAGGCUCAACAACACCUAAGCCUCACACAUCAUUGGAAACAGCUGAAGGAAACUGCUCCAACCAAGAGGCUGGCCAAGGUCUGUGCACCCGUGCAGAAGAAGCAGUGCUAGCAACCACAGGGGAAGGGCUGCAUGUCAGUUAUAUUAUUGGAGGCCUUCUUAGCAUCUUGAUCAUUCUGCUGCUAAUUGGUGCAGUGAUUACAUACAGGCACAAAAAGUCCAAGUUCACAGAUCCUGGUCUGAGUAACCUUACCUACAGUAACCCCUCCUACCGGACAUCUACCCAGGAGGUGAAGAUUGAAACCGUUCCCAAGCCAGCUAUGUAUAAUCAGCUAUGCUAUAAGAAGGAGGCUGGCCCUGAUCAUGACUACACCAAGGAAAAGAUCAAGAUUGUAGAAGGGAUGUGCCUCUUGUCCAGUGAUGAAUCUGAUUGGGAUGACCUCAAACAGAUACGGAGUUCUCGGGGAUGUAUUCUCCGAGACCACGUGUGCAUGAAGACUGACACGGUCUCGAUCCAAGCCAGUUCUGGUUCGCUGGAUGAUGCCGAAACGGAGCAGUUGUUGCAGGAGGAGCAGUCGGAAUGCAGCAGCAUCAGUGCAGCGGCUACUCCGGAGCGUCGUGGCUCCCUCCUGGACACAGGCUGGAAGCACCAACGCAAACCUUCAACAGAGAGUGAGGUCUAAAGCACCUGCAGAGACCUUUGUCCCACUUUCUCCGCCAUCCUUAGCAGUGAUGAGAUAGGAUGUUGCCUGCUAUUUGAGGAGGAACUCAGAGACUAGCCUUUUUGUGUCACUUGGAGCCCAGAGACUGCCUUUUGCUAAGGAGCCUGAGCUAGACUGUGCCUGUGCGGCUGGUUGGAUGCAAUCCAGAGACUCUUUUGGCUCACUUUUAAUGUUUAUUUAUAUGUUUCCUUUCCCUAGAAGCUGUGAUGUUAAAUUCAGCAGCAGCUUUCCCCAGCUGAGUCUGAUGAAUCUUUCAUUUGGUCCAGUGCGCAAGCUGGUCAAGGACUCUGGGACACCAGUAGCCAUGUU